UUUUAAGCAUAAAAUCGUAAAAAUUUCACAUAAAAAAUCCCAAUCAGUAAAAUGAGUAAAAAUAGUAAAUUUAAAAAUAAAUGUCGUACGUGUUUGAAUGGUUCUAAGGGAUUCCAACCGCUAACGAAAACGAUAAAUGAAGGUAAAUCUUAUGGUGAAUUGUUAAAGGAUAUAACACACAUAAAUAUAAUGGAUGAAACAUUUAGUAAAAUGCCCCAAACAAUUUGUGGAUGCUGCGUACGUAAAUUGAAAGCUGCUUACACUUUUGUACAACAAGCUCAUGAAGUCAAUGAUAAACUAUGGUCUCUGCUCAAUGAAACGAAUAGUGCUAAUGAAGACAAAUCCAUAGAUUGCCUACAAGAAGCUCAGAUAGAUAUAUAUAAUUGUUUGGAGAUAAAAAUGGAGGUUGAAGAGUCGGCUGAAAAUAAUAAACAGCAGUUAACAAAAACAGUCGGUGUAGAAUUAAAACUAGAAGAACUGGAAGAUGGCAAUGGUGAUUUAAAUAAAAGUAUUAAAUAUGCAAUGCCCCUAAAAGAUGUUCUCGAAAACACAUCUCCCAAGCAGAACGAGUCAAUGUCUGAGGGUGAAGACGAUAAUGAUGCUGAUGAUAUUUUUGAUAAGGAUUUUCCAAAACCUGACGAAGAACUAUCCGAUAGUGAUAUUGAAUCAGAAUCAUCCAACGAUUCAGAUUGGGCUAAUGAAACUGCAAAAGCUAAAACUAAAACUUUAGUGCGAUCCAAGAAAAUAAAAGAAAGUCAUGUUGAUGAUAAUAUACCCACAUCAUGUGAUCAAUGUGAUAGAGUUUUUCCAAAUUCCCGUUUACUGAGUCGCCAUAAACGCUACACACACAUCCCCGAAGAGUUUAAAGUACAGUGUCCGUUUUGUACAGCCAAAUUUGGACGCCGUUAUAGCAUGUUCGCCCACAUGAGAACUCAUCACAAAGACAAACCCAUAGAAGAGCACAUAACACCGCAGAGACAAUUUUCACGUCAGUUUGCUUGCGAACAGUGUGACGGCACCUAUACCAGCAAAUACACCCUAUUGGCUCAUAUGAAACUCAAACACAAUCCAGAUAGUGCGCCCAAAAAACCAGAGCGUGUUAUAUUACCCAAAAAACGUUUUCUUUGCACGUUAUGUGGCUUCAAAUUCGAUACACCAUCAAAUUUAAAUAUACACAUUAGACGGCACACCGGAGAAAAACCCUUCAAAUGCGAUCUCUGCGAACGAGCCUUCUAUAAGUCCGCUGACGUGCAAGUUCAUCGUCGUUCACAUACCGGGGAGAAGCCAUUCAAAUGUACAAUAUGUGAAAAACCGUUUGCCAGAUCAAAUAAGUUGAAAAUCCAUAUGCGUACACAUUCCAAUGAGCGUCCCUACAAGUGUGAGCAGUGCGAGAAGGCCUUUAAACAUUCGAAAAAUUUAAAUAUACAUAAACGUAUACAUACCGGUGAACAGCCGUACGCAUGUGGUGUCUGUCACAGUACAUUUAUCAAAAGUUAUUCGUUAAAAUUGCAUCAAACCAAACACCAACAUUUCGAAAUAUUUGAUCAAACCAAGGAUAAUAAAUACAAAGAAUUGCCACAACUUAUUUGCGGUAACUGUUCACGUCGCCUAAAAUCAGCCCAUUCAUUUAUACAGCAAGCGGCGGAAGUCAAUGAAAAACUUCAUGCUAUGCUAAAUGAAAAUUUAGAAUGUUUGCAGGAAAUGCAGAUCGAUAUAGAAUCUUGCAGAGACAUAAAAUUAGAAAACAAUGAGCAAGAACCAAAAAACCAAAAUUUGGAAUGCCUACAUGAAACACCAAUCGAUAUAGAAGAACCUUGUAUAGAAAUUAAGGUUGAAAACGAUGGACAAGAAAUAGUCAAGGAGAAUUUUGAUUGUCUGCUGGAAACACAAAUUGAUGUAGAACCUGGCAAAGAAGUUAAAAUUGAAAACAAUGGACAUGAAGGGAAACAGUAUACAUUGAAUUGUGUAAAGGAUAGUGCUAUAAAAAAUACAAAGAUGUUAGAAAAAAAAUCACCUACGAACAAAGAAGAUCGGAGUACUCCUGACAGUGAACUUACAAAAUGUAGCAUAAUAAAACAAUACCAGUCAAAUAGUGAUGAAGAUGACUCGGAAUCUAUGCAAUCAGAUGACACGGACUGGAAAGAUAGUGAUAAACCAACCAAUAGAAAAAAUUUUAAAAAUAUACUACCAUUAACAACAAGCACAGCGAAAACUUCAACAAAAACUGGUGACAUUUUAGAUAUUGCAGUACCGUGCACUAAAUGCAAUAAAAUAUUUAAAAAUGGCAAAUUAUUGGCUGUACAUCAAAGAAUAAGUCAUAUUCCGGAAGAGAAAAAAUGCACUUGCCAUUUGUGCGGCAAUAAAUUUACACGCUAUUGCAAUAUGUAUAAACAUAUGCGAAGUUUUCAUGGCCCCGAGACGGUAACAUUAAUAAGCAAACGACCGGAAGAGGAUUACAUAUACAAGUGUGAUAAAUGCCCGAAAAAAUAUUCCCGUAAAAAGAGUUUAAUUUAUCACACAAAGUUAAAGCACUCAACAGUCGAAAUUAUUGAAAUAAAUGAAAAGAAAACGAAUAAUCGUGAGGAAAGAAAAUUGGCAGAUAAGGGUUCACUGUGUCCCAUAUGCGGCAGUUCGUUUACCAGCAAAACUCAACUAACGGUGCAUUUAAGACGUCACACCGGCGAAAGACCAUUCAAGUGUGAUUUAUGUGAACGAGCUUUCUUACUGGUAACACAACUCAACAGUCACAAACGCCUGCAUACCGGAGAAAAACCGUAUAAAUGCAAGGUGUGUGGCAAAGCUUUUCGCGUGUCAGACGAUUUACGUCAACACAUGCGUACACAUACCAAUGUGAGACCGCAUAAGUGUUCGCAGUGCGGACGUUGUUUUAAACAUCCACAGGAUUUGAAAAUUCAUUUACGUUCGCAUACGGGUGAACGACCGUACAUUUGUGGUGUGUGUGGUGAUAGUUUUCAACGGUAUAACACUCUGAGAUCACAUCGCAUAAGAAUGGAUCAUUUGGAGAAUUUAGAACAUAAUGAUAAUAAAUUAUAAUAAUUUUACUUAUCU